AUGUCUGUGUUUGCAGAUCUGUGGGAGUCAAAGACACUGGGCCUCAUCAUGUCUGUGUUUGCAGAUCUGUGUGAGUCAAAGACACUGGGCCUCAUCAUGUCUGUGUUUGCAGAGCUGUGGGAGUCAAAGACACUGGGCCUCAUCAUGUCUGUGUUUGCAGAUCUGUGUGAGUCAAAGACACUGGGCCUCAUCAUGUCUGUGUUUGCAGAUCUGUGUGAGUCAAAGACAGAGCCUCAUCAUGUCUGUGUUUGCAGAUCUGUGCGAGUCAAAGACAGAGCCUCAUCAUGUCUGUGUUUGCAGAUCUGUGUGAGUCAAAGACAGAGCCUCAUCAUGUCUGUGUUUGCAGAUCUGUGUGAGUCAAAGACAGAGCCUCAUCAUGUCUGUGUUUGCAGAUCUGUGUGA